UCAACCAACAAGUUUGCUUUCUCGUGCAUCUUCUCCAUCCAUUUUGUGUUUGCCUUGCUAACGUACAUCGGCCUAUCCACCGCGAAACAAAAGAGGCCUUGAUUCGACCUGCAGGACACCCGGCAUCAUCGAGCCUAAGAAAAUCGCCCUAAACGCGAUAGUGGUAUGGCUUUGGAAUCGGAGAUAACAGGCUAGAAGCGUCCACGCUCUAAGAUGGACAGCAUCUCUCCAUCUUCAGUAGCCCAUUUGGGCGCCAGCAUCCAUAGUAGCGAUGGGUCGUCUCGUGUGCCGAAGAUAUCGAGAAAGGUUCACGCGUGUACAGAGUGCCAAGCUCGAAAGAUCAAAUGCGAUGUUAAUCCACCACAGCGUUCCAUAUGCACUCGCUGUUCUAAGAAGCGGGUUCGCUGUGUAGUUAAUAAGAGUCUACAGUCUCUUAUAGGCGAGGAUACAGAAUGGAAGACCACUAUGGAAGAAAACAGUCAGACUCUGUCUCUCGCAGUGUCCAAGAUCUUAAGCGUGUUAGAGCUUCCCUCUCUAGAAUCAUUUGCAGCGCAGCUACAACACAACCAGCUACAGCACAGCCAGCCACAGGCGCAACAAGCUGUCACCAGAAGUAUCGAGGCUCCUGAUAGGUCGAGACCCUUCCGAACAUCAGGCAUGGCCAUGACGCGCGAGAAUUCGCAAGAGCCGACCCAAAGCAGAGCAGAUACUCUUGUCACUGACCCUAUGGGAGCUUUGUAUGAAGUAACCAAACUGAGAAAUCUCCGGAGCAACAACCUCCAUGGGCAUGCUUACGCUGCCAGGCCAACAAUUUUAGAGGACGAUUUUAUCUCCAAGGGCAAAGUUAGCGAAGCUGAUGCUGAAGAAUUGUUUCGAACCUUCAGUACUUCUCUCAAUCAUUACCUGUGGGGUGGUAUUGGUCUCGUCCAUGACAACCUUACUUCUGUGCGACGGUCCUCAACUCUAUUGCUAGCAGCCAUUUUCACAGUUACAGCACUACACGUACCCGGGAAAGAGCAGGUCUUUGAUAUCUGUUAUGCCGAAUUCACGGCACUUGUUUGCGAUUCCAUGUUUGACCGAUAUCACACGUUGGACGGUAUUCGAGCUCUUUGCAUUGGCGCGUUCUGGCUUUCAGACGUUAGUUGGAAGCUUGCCGGCCACGCAGUUAGAAUAGCGACAGAGUUAAAUCUGCAUCAGAGCUAUUCUCGAGCGAUGCGAGGCUCACGGGAGCAUUUCGAGGGUGCGAGGCUGUGGUACUUUAUAUACGUUUGCGAUCACCACUUCAGUAUCGCCUACGGUCGACCGCCUGUUAUUCACGAAGAUGCGACGAUUACAAACCAUGAGAAAUUUUUGAACCUGCCAGGAAUCACACAAGCUGACUACCGCCUGCACAGCCAGGUUUCCGUAUUCAUUAUCCUAACAAGAGUUUACAAUACCUUUGGGCCAGAUAUUGAGCAAGUGGUCGCUGAGGGAGAUUUGAUACUCUUACGUCAAUUCAACCACGCGCUUGAUAGUUGGCGAUUGCACUGGGAGUCCCGACUCACCCCUAACCCUUUCAUCGCAACGUACCCUGCAAAGGGAGUCGUUCUGCACUAUCACUUUGCAAGGCUGCAAGUGAGCUCACUGUCCUUGCGUGGGAUUCAGAAAGACGGCAUGCACGACUUGACCAUAGAUCGGCGAGACCUAGCGAAUACCGCCAUUGCCUGUGCUACUUCCAUCCUCCAGACUGUCCUGGAUGAACCCGGCAUCCGGAACUCCGUCGUCGGUGUGCCAAUCUACCUCCACACUAUGAUAGCGUACUCUGCGGUCUUCCUCCUGAAAGUGCAGCAGAAGUGGAAGGCGUAUAAUCUUAGCGCCGAUGCUACUCUAAUCCGAGAUCUUGUGAUGAGAAUCAUACGGCUUUUGCUCGAUGCCAGAGCAGGUGAACGGCAUUUAUCAAGUCAUAUCGCUACCGGCUUGAGUAAAAUGUUGGACCGUUUCACAUCAUGGGAGGCAGGAGAGAAAUCGAGGAAUCUCCUUGUGGAUUCGGGACGAAUAAGCCAAGAUGAUCCAAACAAUCCGGCAGCGCAGAUGUGGGAACCAAACUAUGCGAUUUCUGACACUGGAAUUCUUCGCAUGUUCGAUUCUUCAGUGCCGUUCUACGAUGAGCAUUAUUUCCCCUUGGGCUUUUUCGAUGUAAUGUCUGCUGGCCAGACGGAUACCGAGUAUCGACAUCGGGAAUAAAUGGACGAACGUGAGACUCACGAGGAGCUCUUGGAAGUCAACAGUGGAACGCCACAAAUUAGAGGAAGCAACACUUCCUCGACUAUUAAUCUCCAUGGAGAUUUAAAUCUUGUAGAAUAAGUAAUAAUGUUACAUGUACCGAGGUCCUACCUAGAUCCCAAUUCCAACUGACUGGACCCGCAAACCAAUGCUCUGGGCUCUUUGACAUCACAUCAGCUUGAUUGGCCCCUCGCAGUUCUGUCCGUGGCGGAGUGCGGUGUUCUGUCCGAGAUCCCAAUGUCCCCCUGUUGGCAUUUUGAUUUAGUGUCAGCGCCAUUCCACUAAAACGCGG